AAUAAUGAGACUAAUACUCGAGGCAAGCGUGUUACAAUUAACACUGGCGAAUAUCCUACUGUUGACCAAGUAAACGUAACCAUUUGUGACAAUGACAUUUCUGUGUGCGUCAAUAACGCUGGCACUCCACCUCCUUCUACUACAAUACAGACCAAACAAGACGUCAGUAUGGCAGCUAAAAGUCAAACUCAGUUUUGUUCUACAUUUGACAAACCUAACGACGCAAACAUUCUAACUGUCUUCAUUACUGCAUCCAAUUGUUUUGGAAGUAUUACUGAAAAAGCAUCUAUCAGUUUUAUAAAUGAUAUUUCUCGUUGUAAUUUUACGACUUGCUCAGUUCUUGAACGUUCCAUAGAUACUCAGCAGCUCGCUAGUACAGCAAGUGCCAUUUCGUGCAUCUUUACGUCCGUCACUCAAAAUCAGUCUGUUUCUUUGAGACCUACCACUGAUUUGACAGACGACCUUACAGAUACAUCGAACAAACAAACAAGUCCCACUACAUCGCAUAAACAAACAAGUCCUCCUACAUCGAACAGACAAACAAGUCCAACUACAUCAGAUAGAUCAACAAGUUCUUAUACGUCAAACGUGCAAGCAAGUUCAACUACAUCAGAUAAGCAAACAAGUCCAACUAAAGCAAAUCAACAAAAAAUAAGUCAGUCGACAACUUACCAACAGAGACUGAGUCUAACUACAGAAUAUCGUAAGUUAGCUACUCGUCCAGUAGCAACAGGAACGUCUCCUCCACCUCAGAAAGAUUCUAGCUCUCAAGGAAUUCCUAUAUACAUUAUUGUUGCAGCAAGCGUUGGUGCACUAGUUUUGAUCUUUGUGAUCGUCAUCAUUAUUGUUUGCUGCAAACGAAAAUCAGCUCGCAAAAGAGAACCAAACUUAGACCUUCAAACAACUGAACACCUUUACGCAAACAGUAAUACCGCAGUAUCCGCAUAUAGCAAUACCGCAGAAACAAAGUUUGGGGUAGAUGUGAACGUCGGCGGUACCCAAUCCGAUUCAAUGACGUUUUUGCCGUCCAAGCAAGGCCACAAGGCAAACGACGUGUUAUCGACUCCUCUCGAAGAAGAAUCUGCUGAACAAUCCAAACUCUCAACUUUUCUUUCUAGCGUCGUUGAAACGCAUCCAGCUACUCCGGGAGAACCGCUACAUCCAGACAACCAGGCAGCUGCAGCCACUGACGAUGAUAAAAAAUCAAAAUACCAGGAUUUGCCUCAAAACGAAGAGACAAGUACUCAAACAACCUCUACAGUGAACCCGAGGAGCAUUACGCUGUACCAAGUUGUUCCAAUGGCUCUGGACCCCGGGAAACUUCGAAUCCACAGAUUCCUAUCCCGUUCUAUGAAGUCAUUCCGUGUCGGAAGGCCGACGAAGUGGAUGACGUCAACAAUGUGACGUUGGUAGAAUCUCGGGUAGAAUUCAACCAAGACGCGAAAAAUAAAAUGGGGACUUUCAAAACAGCAGAAGAAGGCGGAUCUUUUCAAGUUACUACACUUUAUGCAACAGUCGACAUGGCCAAGAAAACAACCAAAGAAGAACCUCCACCAAAGAUACAUUAAUUAAACUAUUACACAUUACUAUUUAGACGUUUUAAUAGCUAAUUUAAAUAUUUUAAAUUUAUGUAGUUUAACUUAUUUUUAUUUAAUUGAUUGACUUAAAUUAUGUAUGGACCUAAGUAAUUUGACUAUAUAGAUGUAUUAUGCUUUGUUACUAUCUUAAAUCCUAGACAAAUGAAGUUCAGUAUGCAGAGUUAGAAACGAGUUUUUCUGGCUCGAUCCAACAGCUACUAGCAAAACCAAGUGUCGUAUAUUCUGAAAUGAAUUCUGAGCAGCCAAUGCCAAGAAACGACGAAUAAAAACUCUAAAGAGACUGAGAAACGCAAAUGUUCAAUCAACGGUUUAAUAUUCUUUAUACACUAAUUAUGCGCUGUUUAGUUAGUUUCAGUUUCAAGCAUUUAUUUCUUUUUUUUGCGUAGCAUUUUAAGAUUUUUUGAUUGUCGACUUUAGCUGUGACGGUGCUAACAGUUACAAAGAGACAAAACAUUCGCAUUAUUGUACUAUCAAUAAAUUACACAAAAACUA